AAUUUAUUUUCCUCUUUGACAGCGUCAUGUGUUUACCGCCGGCCCCGCUAGUCCAGCUCAGCUGUAAGACAGAAAAAGAGAGAGAGAAAGAACAAAAAAAAACCGUCCAAUGAGAAAACGCCCUGUUGGCCCUUCAGGCAUCCCGUCAUGCUCGUGGUCUCAGCGCUACGUCAGCAGUGAUACAGAAACAUGGCGGUGUCCAUAGCACAGCGCCGGGCUGUGAGCGCUCGUUUGUUGAUAUUAACUUUUAUCACAACGUUAAUAUUUCACUGUACUCUCGCUGACAACGUCGCGGGUUCUUCCCCGUCAGAAGAGCCUCCUCACCGGCGGUUUGAGUACAAAUACAGCUUCAAGGGACCGCACCUGUCUCAAACUGACGGCAGUAUCCCCUUCUGGGUCCACUCUGGAAAUGCUAUUCCCAGUGCUGACCAGGUGCGAAUCACGCCAUCCCUCAGGAGUCAGAGGGGCACAGUAUGGACUAAAAACAGAGUUGGCUUUGAAAACUGGGAGGCUGAGGUGACAUUCAGAGUAUCAGGAAGAGGCAGAAUGGGAGCAGAUGGUUUGGCUAUGUGGUUCACCUCUGAACAAGGCCUCGAUGGUCCCGUGUAUGGUGCCGCAGACAAGUGGAAUGGAGUUGGAGUUUUCUUUGACUCUUUUGACAACGACGGAAAGAAAAAUAACCCCGCUAUCAUUGUUGUGGGAAACAAUGGCAACCUUGUUUAUGACCACCAGAAUGACGGCACCACACAAGCCCUCGGGACAUGUUUACGAGACUUCAGGAACAAACCCUAUCCUAUCAGAGCCAAAAUCACGUACUACAAGAAGACUAUGACGGUGAUGAUCAACAACGGUUUCACUCCUGACAAAGAGGACUAUGAGUUCUGCACUAAAGUGGACAACAUGAUCAUUCCCAGCCAGGGCUUCUUUGGAAUUUCAGCUGCCACGGGUGGUCUGGCAGAUGACCACGAUGUUUUGUCCUUCUUGGUAUUCAGACUCUCAGAACCAGGCCAGCAACCGCCCCCACCUGAAUCUGAGAUUCCUAAAGAAGAGAAGGACAAGUACCAGGAGGAAUUUCAGAACUUCCAGCAAGAGCUCGACAAAAAGAAAGAGGAGUUUCAGAAAGAGCACCCGGACGUCCAAGGAGAGCCAAUUGAGGAUUUGUAUGAGAGUGUGAAUGACAGAGAGAUCCGUCAGGUGUUUGAAGGCCAGAACCGGAUCCACCUGGAGAUAAAACAGCUGAACAGACAGCUCGCUAUGAUCCUGGAUGAGCAGCGGCGAUACGUUUCUGUCAUCACUGAUGAGAUCUCCAAGAAGGGGGGGAACACAGAGUCAGGACAGCUCGACACUGUAGGUCAACAACAGCUAGGCUCCGUUGUGGCCUCCCAGCAGGAGAUUCUGAAAAACCUGAAUGAUCUGAGAAAUUCCUUUUAUGAGUCCCUGAAACAGAUUGGCUCCGCCCAACAGCAGGGAAAUACAAUUGGUUUGGGAUCGUAUGAAACCAUCCAGCACUUCAACGACAUCAAGGAACAUCUGCACAUGGUCAAAAGAGACGUGGAGCACCUGGUUCAACGAAAUGCCCAGAAUCCUGCUGAGAAGGCUAUUAAGUGUCCUGAGAUGCCUCCUAUGCCAACUUGUUUAUCCACGGUUCACUUUGCAAUCUUCAUUGUCGUCCAGUCCAUUCUGUUCUUCUGCUACGUCAUGUACAAGAGUCAACAGGAAGCAGCAGCAAAGAAGUUCUUUUGAUAAGAUGGAUUUUUGAAUUGAUGUGUGUAAAUGAGGGAGUGUUCAUUUUGAUAAUUUCUUUUGAAUUGAUCUUUUCAGAUUGUAAGUUAUUGUACUUGAAAAAAAAAAAAACUUUUGCUGAAGAAAUUUGUUUUAAUUUUGUGCAGAUUUUUUAUUUGAUCAGUAAAUUGUUGUGUGUGAAUGCUAGCGUGAGAUUAUUGCUCUGGAUUUCCAACAUGAUGUAAAAUGUUCCUUGCAGUAUUUUUGGUUGGUCAGAUCUUUGGAUUUUGUUUUCAGAAGUUAAAAUCUGCCACAAUUUCAUUACAGAAAAUCAAACUGACAACAAAAUAAAACCUGUGUUUUGAAAAGUGCAAUUUUUGUAUAAAAAAAUGAUGCUGUACUAUUGAUAAAAACUCAGAGCAGACGACUGCUGCAGGUCUCUGUUUUGAUUGAGUCAAACGUGUCAGAAUCUGACAUAUCCACAACCUGAACAAUUUACAUAAAGAAAGAAAACAAGUCA